UUGGCAUGCGCACAUGCACGCGACAAGGCAGGCUGGUCGCGGGUGGGAGACUGCGUCGGAAAGUUGGCGACCUCCACAGCGUCACCUGUGCAAAUCGAAAGGCAGAGAUGCGGUGGCGCUUAACGCGACCUCGUCGCCAGUGGAAUUGAAGCGAUUUCUUUGGCCGGUCGUCUUGAGAUGGGCGGCAUUUCGCACGGAAGGAACGAGGCGGCAUUCAUUCAAGGUGUUUGCGCAAUUGUCUCAAAGGGGAAUUGGUGUACCCUGUGGCUCCCCCGUGUCAGCGAUCGCUUCACCACCUCCAAUGUGCACCAGAUCCUGCUUCAGCUGUCCGCCGACACCGCCCUCUCCUGGAAUUUCUUCAAGUGGGCGCAGUCUAUUCCCCACUACCACCAUUCCCUCCCAACCAACUUCACCAUGGUACACCUCCUCACCAGGAGCAGGCGAUUCCAAGAAGCGCGGAACUUGCUCCAGAAGUUCGCGUUUAAGGGGUUCCUCUCGUCGCCGACGGUGUUGAGUGCGUUGCUGAGCGAUCAUGGCGAUCAAGACUCGAAUUCGCAGAUCCUGAGUUGGCUGGUGUUCAUCUACUCCCGGUCGAACAAGACGCAUGAUGCAAUCCAGAUACUUGAGCUGAUGAAAUCUCGUGGACUGAGGCUUGAUCCACAUGCUUGCAGUGCCCUCUUGAGCGCGCUAGCCAAGGCAAGACUGACAGCCACAGCUUGGAAUGUAUACGACGACAUCCUCCGCAUGGGGGUUGUUGCCAAUGUCCACAUUCUCAAUGUCAUGAUCCAUGUUUGUUUCAAGUCGGGUGACACUGAGAAGGCUGAGAAGUUGGUCAGUGAGAUGGAUGGGAAGGUGGUACGUCCUGAUUUGUUCACCUAUAACACCUUGAUCUCAUUAUAUUGCAAGAAGGGCAUGCACUAUGAGGCUUUGGCUGUUCAGGAGAGAAUGGAGAAGGAAGGAAUUCAUCCCGAUAUUGUAACUUAUAAUUCUCUUAUCUAUGGAUUCUGUAAAGACGGUAGAAUGAGGGAAGCCUCGAGGCUUUUUAAGGAAAUCAAAGGUGCAGCUCCAAACCAAGUGACCUACACUACUCUUAUUGAUGGCUACUGCAGAGUUAAUGACCUCGACGAAGGGCUUAGAUUGCGUGAAGAGAUGGAGGCAAAAGGAAUGUAUCCUGGGGUGGCUACAUAUAAUGCAAUCAUCCGUAAGCUAUGUGAAGAAGGCAAAAUGAGGGCUGUUAAUGAUCUCCUGAAUGAGAUGGAUGAUCGAAGGGUUCAACCUGAUAAUGUCACGUGCAACACCUUGAUUAAUGCAUAUUGCAAGAGAGGAAAUAUGGAUUUUGCAUGGAAGCUUAGGAACAAGAUGUUGGAAUCAGGGCAAGUGCUAGACCAGUUUACAUACAAGGCCCUAAUACAUGGAUUCUGCAAGGUUCAGGAACUAGACGAGGCUAAGGAAGUCCUCCUAGACAUGCUGGAUGCAGGUUUUGCACCAAACUACAGUACUUACUCAUGGCUUGUAGAUAGUUACUGCAGCCUGAACAAUGUGGAGGCCGUGCUAAGCAUCCCAGAUGAGAUAGCACAUAGAGGUCUUUCUGUGGAUAAGUCGUUAUAUAGAGCUCUAAUAAGAAGACUAUGCAAACGAGGUUUAGUUGAUUUUGCACAGAAGGCAUUCAACAAAAUGCUAGAAAAAGGUUUAUUAGGUGAUAGUCUUGUGUAUGCUAGUCUUGCAUAUGCUUACUUGAGCACAGGAAAGCGGAUCGCAGCUUGUGAGAUACUAAAUGAAAUGGUUAAGAAGCAAUUGAUAAUAACAGCUAAAAUUUACAAGUCACUCUGUGCUUCACUUGCAAAUGAUAGUGGCAUUCUAGAUUUACUCUGGAGCCAUGCCAUUGAGAGAGGUCUGAUUGCUAGGAAUGUCUACAAAUUGAUGCAAGAAGCCAAGCUAAACUCUCAGAAUGAUACUUUGAAUAUGUCAAGUCCAUUUUGAUGAAAAAACACUGUUCAUUUCAAUUAUAUGAUCUGGUGAUAUUAUUUGGCAAAGUGACAAAAGUCUUCAUAUUGGGAAUGAUGCUUCAACAAUAUGCUGAACAAACAGAUGCCAAAAUAUAGAGGUACAUAUUCUUUUUUAAUUAUUAACAUUUUGCGUUGUCUCCGGACCACAUUUCUGUUUCCCUUUGAGUCUAUAGAUUUCAGGUUCACAACAACUAUUAAAACAGGGGAACCUGAAAAGUUACUCCAUGGACUGACAGUCGAUCAAGUUGAAUGUUCACUCAACUUGGGUGAGUCAAAGUUUCCAACGUUUGUCGUCUUGAGUGCUCAAACCCUGAAUACUCGAGGACAUUGAAAUAAUAUGCUAUCCAUUUGGUGUGCUAUAUAUUAUAUAUAUUUUUUAAAGAUUUGAUAACAUGCAGAUGAUCAUCCUGUGUAUAAAGCUUAUGUGAAAUGGUAGCAAUUGAAUUUUAUCUCAUUAUGCAUUUUAACCUAUUGGACAUUUUGAUCAACCUAGACAUAUGCUAGGUAUUGAAGAUGAGGGCAUCCCUUUCAGGCAUCAUGAGGCCAAGUUAAAAAGGUAAAAUAUGUUAUUUCGACUAAAAGAAAGUUUGCCAGAUGUAAAAAGAAAAAUAGAAAGAAAAAGAUAAUAAUAUACACAAUCAACAACCAAAAUUGUGAUGUAAUUUCCUUGAAUGUCUUGGUUGCAUGGAUGUACUUUCUUUUUAUGAUACUUGUUUGCUUCUUUGAAUUGAAUCUUGUUGAAUUUUCACAUUGACUGUGCUCUAAUUAUUAUUAUUAUUAUUAUUAUUAUUAUUAUUAUUAUUAUUAUUAUUAUUAUUAUUAUUAUUAUUAUCUCCAUUUCCCUAUGUAUUACUGUUUGCAUUAGGCUCACACAUUAUGCUCAUAAGGAAUAAAAGACCUGACUUGUGAUAUAAGGAUGUUUAUGGUCCCAGCUACCUGGACCAAAGUAUACUGAACUUCAUUGAUCCUGUUUUCUUUCUUGUGUAAGUUUAUUUACUUUGUAGUUCCAUUUUUCAGUUUAUCUGAAAACAAUUAGGAGACCAUUGUGAAUGUAAUUUGAGAUUGCAUAUUUGUUUUCAUGCCUUAAAGGUCCAGUGUAACUAUUAGCCCUAGCAUUAUGAAAAACUUGUUCAAUACCCCCGUUGUGAGUGAAAUAGUAGUCGGAAUAAUUGUAUGUGGACCCAUAAGCUGAAUACAAAGCACAAUGUUAGCAGCAUAAACAGGAUACAUACAUGGGGCAUUAGGGAUAAACUACAAUUUGUCUUUAAACUUUGGAGCAAAGUUCAUUGGAUUCCAAAUCAAUAGUUGGCAUAUGACUUUUAAACCUAUAAUUAUUGUAGCUAAUCCCAGAUACUUUUAGGGCUAUCCACUGAUUUCAGUCGGUACAAAGUUUUGUCAUAUUUGUAUCCUUCUCCUUGCUUGUCUGAACCAUUGUAUUUGUUAAAUUACACUCCAUCAUAAUUGUAUGAUUAAUUAAAAUCCUAGAAUGGAAUUAAAAAUACAGGAACAAAACAUGCUUGAAUUGGCUACCUUAUCUGUCUUGAGAGUUUUAUGUCAUAUUUUUCAGCAUAGCUAUGAGGAGUUCAAUUCUGCAACAAUUGGCAAGGUAAAUGGGGUACUACAAGAGAGGAGAGGAGGGGGUGGGGAUGUAUGGAAGCAUCUGUGUUGAUACUGUUCCUACAGAACUGUUACCUAUUUUAUGCUCUAUCUCUGUGGACAUUUUUAUAACAGGAUGUGAUCAUCAAUAAACUUUUUCUUUUUUCCAGAGUACUUCAUAUUAACCUCUUUGUCUACUAAUUGGUUUUGAGAGGCUGCACAUGACUCAUGCAUUCUAAAUCCUUGAUCAACAACUAGUUCUUACUUGAAACAACAAUGCAGUAGGAAACAAUUUUUUUUCUUUGCUGAAUAGUUUUGCCAAGAAGUUACCAACAAUUACCAUUUGAUUAUUACUAUGUGCUUGGAUCACUGAUCAUGGCCUUAAUCAGAUCUUUGCAAGUUUCUUUUUUUCUCCAAAAAAAUAAAAAACCAGAACAAAAUAUUUUUUUAUUUUUA